ACUUUUAGUCCUGUGAAGGGCGUGAAAGCAAAUAACGGUACUUACGAUCCAAAGGCCCGUAAAGUGGAGUAUACGCUAAAGGAUGUGACCGACGAUACGGUCGGCAAAUACCGGUGCGAAGUGGAGUACUAUAGCGGAGCCGUAAACAACUUUCAUGUCUUUUCUGAAAUUACUCUUAACGCCGUGCCAAUAUUUACACCAAUACCGGGCAUAAAUAAAAUCGUAAACUUGGAGCCAGGUGCGUUCAUCAUUAACAAUAUAAACAGGACAACUGCUGGCCGUUAUGUGUGCAAAGUUUAUUUCAACAACAACCUCAACAACUACUACAAUACGCGUUCAUUCACCCUGGGCAUUCAGGUCCAUAACGUAACAUUUAUCACCCAAACCAGUGGACCAGACAGUGAGCACCCGUACCCACGCGUCCAUAAACAGCAUUUACAAAGUGAUGACAUGCGAGCCAUCAAAAUGAGUCGCUCUCCCGAAAACGUAACGCUAGCCAUAACUCCCGCGAAAGUACGCGAUGAAGACGUUCACGUGGUUUGCAGCUAUAAUUUAUCUCAAAUUAACGAUAGAUUCAUCGAUAUAAGUCUCUACAAAGACAACGUGCGCUUUCUUAAGCAAUACGACGCGGUUAGAUUAUUUAGGUUCUUGGAGCUUAAUAGAUUCAAUAUUGCUAUUGAAUUUCGACGAUUGAAAGGCAUCGAUGAGAUCAUAAAUUAUUACAACGAGAAGAGUUCGCCACAACUUUUUGUUACGAUCAAAGAUCCGACAAAAUAUACGGCCGGACGGUAUGCCUGUCGCGUGACUUUUGCCAAUCAAACGCACACUUCACUCAAUUACACGGUAUCGGCCGAUGCUGUGCUCGGAGGGGCCGCCCAUUUGAUCAUCUCUUACCAUAUUGUAUGGCUUUCAAUAGCUAUUGUGUUAUUUAAAUAAUAUUAUUUCUU